UUCUUAAUUAAAGAUUUCAUUUUGAUCCCACAAUAGUCUAAUUUUGUUACUACAUCCAAAAAAGUAGAUACAGCCAUGAUGCAAUAUGACCGAAUUGCCCCUAGCCCUCUAACAAGAACAAGCAGCUCCAAAAGUACAACCCAAAUAAUCCCGGCCUACUACACGAGGUCAAAUUCGUCAUCUCAACAUCCGCCGGAAUCCGUACAGCUGCGCCGCGCCGCCGACCGGAGGGGAAUCUCCGCCUUCCUCCGGUCACUAUUUUCGAUCUUCACUUUCCCUUCAAUAAUUCUGCCACACUGCAAGUGGGCCCUCAGCUUUCCGGCGGGGGGCCGCCGCCUCGCCGCCGCGCCGUCGCUAGGCCGGAAAGUCACCGGAACUCUGUUCGGCCGCCGCCGCGGCCACGUCAGCUUCGCCGUGCAGGAGGAUCCGGCGGCGGCGCCGGUCAUGGUGGUGGAGCUGGCGGUGUCGACGUCGGCGCUGGUCAGGGAAAUGUCGUCGGCGAUGGUGAGAAUCGCCCUCGAGUGCGAGAAGCCGGCGGCGGCGGAGCGGCGGCGCGGCGGCGGCGGGAGGCUUUUCCGGGAGCCGACGUGGACGAUGUACUGCAACGGGAGGAAGUGCGGGAAGGCGGUGACGAGGGGGUGUACGGAAUCGGACUGGCACGUGCUGAGCACGGUGCGGCGGGUAACGGUGGGGGCGGGGGUGAUUCCGGUGGUGGACGACGGCCGGAAAAGUGGGGCGGCGGCGGCGGAGGAGGGGGAGCUGCUGUACAUGAGGGCCAGGUUCGAACGGGUCGUGGGGAACCGGGACUGCGAGGCCUUUUAUAUGCUUAAUCCGGACGGGACUGGAGGUCCCGAGCUCAGUAUUUUCUUGCUCAGGAUUUGAUUUCUUAAAUAGAUUAAUUUUAUUGAAUAUAUAUAUUGAAUAGUCUUUUAUUUUAUUUUUGGAAAUUAAUGUUUGGUUUUAC